AUGUCGGAGAAUGUGGGUACUUUUCUUGAUGAAUAUGAACUGCAGUUGCCGACCGAAACACAACAAAAGUUAGCUAAAGAGACAGCUAAGGAACCUUUUAGUCAAUGGUGGAUAGUUGGGGUAGGUUUUGAAUUUAUUUUAUGAGUUUCAGACUGUUUUAUAUUAUCAUAGGGAUCAGAUGGGAGGGAAAAUGUUUUUUGAUGUAAAGUUGUAAAUUUGAAGAAUAAAUGGGUAGUAUAAGACUUUUUAGUUGACAAAGGUAAUGUGUUAACAAUUUUUAGUGUUAUCUUUGUCAUUUCUUUUCAAACUGCGGCGUUCUGAGCUAUUUUAUAUUAAUUUAGACAUCAGAUUGGAAUGAGUUUGAGUUUUUAAGUUAAAACUAAACUUUUAAAGUAAAUUGGAUAAAGAUAUGUAUAUAUGUAUCUAACCUACAUUAAAUUUUUUAUAUAAGGACGUAUUUCACUUUGACAAUGUUGGCGUAACCCGAUCACACGAAGGAGUUCAAUACCUAUGUUGUUCUGAAUGUGAACUCGGACCUUUUGGCAUAAAAGAAGGCGAUCGUUACUUGGUGGCGUUGGAUCGUGUUAAACAUCUUGUCAAGGAGUAA